UUUGAUGAGAGAAUAACAUUAUAACGUGAUUUAAAGCACAAAAAAGUUGAUUUUACAAAAUACUACCCCUUUAUGGCACUUUCUUGGAGUCUCCAUAUUUCUUUUUUUUUUUUUUUUUGGAUUUGUGCAAACGUCCUAACUAAUAAAAUUGUAUUAUUGUGGAAAGUGACAUUUACACAAAUAAUUUUCACAUCUGUUCAAAUAAAAAGGCAUUUGGAGAAAGUCAUAUUGAAACUUGUUUCUGCUUUCAUUCAGAGGUCAUGUGUUUGUAAAACAGGAACAUGCUCUUAGUUGAUUCCUGACUCUGUGUGAAAGCAGAUGAAAAUGACAGGUUUGUGCACAAAUCUGGUUCUUCUGGCCUUCAUCUCUGCCUCUGUAGCUGAUGUUGGAGACUUCACCCCGUGCUUGCAAUUUUUCUACAAAUCCUGGCCCCCCAAGGGCCUGGCUGGGACUCCGAUCUGCCAACGUUACAACAACAUGUACCAGUUUGCCACGUUAUACAGUCGACCUCGCCGUUCAGCAUGGUUUUCAGCUUAUUUGUACUCUGUACCAACUGGGAAAAGGCCCAAAGCUUCCUGGAAAUAUGAGCCACAGUUAGCCUACCCUUCAGCAGAUGGCAACAUGGUCCCCUUCUUGCCUGGACCAGUUGACAUGAACAUCGUGGAGAGCCAAGCAGUGAGCCUGGACUACAUCAACUCCACCUUCUCUUGUGGCCACCUAAACCCUAGUCUUCAUCACCAGACCUACCAGUGCCGGUCUGCCACAUUCACCCUCACCAAUGUGGUUCCUCAGAAGAGAUGGUCAAAUGAUGGACCUUGGGAAGUCCUAGAGCUUACUGUCAACAAGACCAUGGCAACCUACUGCCUUGGAGAAGCCUACAUAGUGACAGGCAUCAUGCCCUACCAGAAAGAAGAGCACUGGAUGAAGAAUCGGGUGGCAGUGCCAGAAUACCUCUGGUCUGCAUACUGCUGCCCAAAUUACAACCAGAGUAUUCCUGACAGACUGAAAGAUGCCUUUCCAACCUUCGCUGCUAUUGGACGCAAUGACCCCAACAGCACAGAGGAGAUUGUUCCAAUAGACAAGACGGCUAAGAAAGAGUACAGGGGAUAUGAUGUGAAGCAGAUGUCUCUAGACUCGCUUGAGAUGUACCUGAAGGACAGAUUCAAUACAGUCAUCAGUGUUUUUAAUGAACAAUGUGGUUAAUCAGAUUACAUGCUAGUAAAAAUGAUUGUUCUGAUCUGAAUUUUAUUUAACUGAAGACCUAAAACGGAUAUGCCUCAGUUUUAGGUCUUAAUGUUAGUUUAUUAACAUUAACUAAUGUUAAUAUGAGACAUUUUCUGUCUUGUAACUUAAACUCACUGUUAACUGAGUGUCAGAAUCUCCAUCAACUGCCUGUGAUACUGUGGUUCCUCCUAUAAUGACACCACAAAGUCCUUCAGACAAGGAGCUGGGAUGAUCCAACCAUCCCAGCUCCUUGUCAGAUGCUUAAUUUGCUGCAUUUUGUUUUCUUACAGAAAAUUGCUACCUUAUAAACGACAUCUGCAAACUUACCACUAGAUGGAGUCGCUGAGCUGUAUGUGUGAUGGCAUUCUCACUCAGAUUUUUUUUAUGUAUAAUUUUGUAGUUUACUGUUCCUUACUGAUAAAAUGAAUAGUUGAAUGAAUAAACUUUCUGUUUAAAGAAAAAAUGUCCACUUCACUA